GGUGUUUUCUUCAGGGACACCUCAAUGCCUCCGAGUCGUUCCUGAUCCUGUGGAGUCCAGUGAGUCCUUCAUCUCCAGUUGUUUCCUUAUAUUUAAAGACAACGGACUGGUUGAAAUGGUAGCUGCUGGGUUCCUUUAGGUCCCUGUCAGUCGUUCUGUUCCAAUAAUGAAUUUACUGCCGUCUAAUCCUCACGGGAAUGGCCUUCUGUAUGCUGGAUUCAACCAGGACCAUGGAUGCUUUGCUUGUGGGAUGGAGAAUGGGUUUCGUGUUUACAACACAGAUCCUCUCAAAGAAAAAGAGAAGCAAGAGUUCUUGGAGGGCGGGGUCGGCCACGUGGAGAUGCUCUUCAGGUGCAACUAUCUGGCGUUGGUGGGAGGAGGAAAGAAACCUAAGUAUCCAACUAACAAAGUGAUGAUCUGGGACGAUUUGAAGAAGAAAACAGUCAUUGAGAUUGAGUUCUCUACUGAAGUCAAAGCAGUGAAGCUUCGGCGGGACAGGAUUGUGGUUGUCCUGGACUCAAUGAUUAAAGUGUUCACCUUUACUCACAAUCCCCAUCAGCUGCAUGUGUUUGAGACCUCCUAUAACCCCAAAGGUCUGUGUGUCCUGUGUCCCAACAGCAACAACUCUCUGCUGGCAUUCCCAGGAACUCAUUCCGGCCAUGUGCAGAUUGUAGACCUGGCCAACACAGAGAAACCUCCCGUUGACAUCCCUGCCCAUGAGGGGUCCCUGUGCUGCAUUGCACUCAACCUGCAGGGCACGAGAAUAGCCACGUCAUCAGAAAAAGGAACGCUGAUCCGAAUUUUCGAUACCUCUGCAGGCCAGCUCAUCCAGGAGCUGAGGCGAGGCUCACAGGCAGCCAACAUCUACUGCAUCAACUUCAAUCAGGAUGCAUCACUCAUCUGCGUGUCCAGCGACCACGGCACUGUCCACAUCUUUGCUGCAGAGGACCCCAAAAGAAACAAGCAGUCAAGUUUGGCAUCAGCCAGCUUUCUUCCUAAAUACUUUAGUUCGAAGUGGAGCUUCUCCAAGUUCCAGGUCCCAUCAGGCUCUCCCUGUGUGUGUGCCUUCGGAACAGAACCAAAUGCUGUUAUAGCCAUCUGUGCAGACGGCAGCUACUACAAGUUCCUGUUCAACCAAAAGGGGGAGUGUUCCAGAGACGUGUAUGCCCAGUUCCUGGAGAUGACGGAUGAUAAAAUAUGAACCCUGACCUUGCUGUCGAGUAUCGUUUGGUUUUCUGAUUAUUUGUUUUUUUAAGUUUUCCAGGGGGAGGAUACAAGCUGUACCUCCUACUUUUAUAGACUCUAUGACAAAGAGCUUCAGGUGAAGGGAGGACAAACAGAAGCACAAACCUCGGAAGGAAAACUCAACCUAUUGUUGGGCGUGUGACUCGGGACAGACGUGCUGCUUUUCUCCCAGACCAAAUCAGAGAGAAUCAGGAAAUAUUUGUCUUUUGUUUUUUGGAAACUAAAACUUGCAGCUUUUUACAAAGUCUUCCGAGGAGUUUACAGAAUAUUUUUAAUCACAAAAAUGAUUCUGAUGAAAAUAUAAAGAUUACUGUCAACCAACACCACCUACUCAAACUAUAGGUGUGCCUCUGAAAGCGUCUGUUCAUAUUAUUGUCACAUGUACACUCUUGUGCUCGGGUAUUUACCAACCCGUGUACUUGGGUAUUCACCAACCCGUGUGCUCGGGUAUUUACCAACCCGUGUACUCGGGUAUUCACCAACCCGUGUGCUCGGGUAUUCACCAACCCGUGUGCUCGGCUAUUCACCAAUGUGAGGUGUUUGCAAAACGGAAUCAGACUGAAUCCAAAGUAACGUCCGAAGCAGAUGUUGAUCCUGUGUUGUGAAGUAAUAAGUUUUCUUAGUUUCUGUAGAUACACACCCGACACACAACUGUACAUAAUACUAAAAUAAUGUGUAUUUUUGUUUUACUUCUCUUAUGUGCAAUAUUUUUUUGUAAUUUUUUGUUUGUUUAAAGCUUGUGGAGGUUUCUGAAAGUGAUCAAAAGUUGAAUUUGAUUUUUUUUUCUUCUUUUUUUUGGCGGCAAGGUUCAAACCUCCCUCAUGUAUUUACAGUAACUAACAUAUUCUCAGGCUGCCAAAUAACAAAAAAUAAAUAAAUAAAUCUGCUUCCCAGCACUUCUAAAUUCACUAACAAAAACUUGGAUGUGGUUGGUUUUCAUGGUUCCAUAAAACAGGACUAGAAAAAUAAUGUUUAGUUUUCUCAGAUUUUUUCAGUUUUUGUUUUCCUUAAAUCGGACCUUUUUUGAUUUCUUUCUGAAAACUAACUUUUUUUUCUAAUUUCAAGUACUUUGAAAGCUUGAUGCUAUUCAUAAGAAGCAUUUACUGUAAUAAAAAAUAAUCUAAAACAUCA